AUGCUCCAGAGAAACUCUCCGCUGCUGGCUCACAGGCUACAGAACGCAUCGCUCUUGAUCCUGAGUCUCGUCUUUCUCCCCCUGGACACUUUGAUUCUACUCGUUUCUCUUGUCGUGGGCAAAGUCUUUCCGAGCAAGGUAAUCUCGAAUCGAGAAGCGGCACGUCACCGCGAUGCCAGCUUCACGAGACGCAAGGUUCUGGUCACGGGAGUGGGCAUGAGCAAGGGCCUCGCGCUGGCACGGCUCUUCUACGAGGCCGGCCACGACGUGAUCGGCGCCGACUUUGAGCCCGACGGCGCGUGGGCGUGCGGGAGGGUGUCUUCGGCUCUGGGGAAGUUCUAUCGCCUUGAAAAGCCCGACGCGAAGGCCGGGGCCGCGCCGUACAUCCAGACGUUGCUGGACGUGGUGACCAAGGAGAAGGUCGAGCUCUGGAUCAGUUGCUCGGGCGUGGCUUCGGCGGUCGAGGACGGCAUGGCCAAGGAGGUCGUCGAGGCCCGGACCGCGUGCAAGGCCGUCCAGUUCGACGUGCAGACCACGCAGACGCUGCACGAGAAGCACUCGUUCAUGGCACACACCAGAGACGUCGUGGGGCUGACGGUCCCCGAAACGCACGAGGUCGCCUCCCGCGAGGCGGUGUUGGACGUCUUGCGCGCGGCGGCGCCCCACGGGAGGAAAUACAUCAUGAAGACGAUCGGGGUGGACGACGCCGUGCGCGGGGAUUUGACCCUCCUCCCGAAGAAAUACGAGCGCGAGACCGUGGAGCAUCUCGCGCGCCUCAACAUCUCCAAAGCUGCGCCGUGGAUAUUGCAGGAGUUCAUCCAGGGGCGGGAAUACUGCACGCACGCGCUGGUCAUGGCGGGCAAGGUCAAGGCCUUCGUGGCGUGUCCGUCGGCCGAGUUGCUCAUGCAUUACCAGGCACUUCCUGCCGAGUCGCCCCUGAGCCGGGCGAUGUUGGCGUUUACUCGGAAAUAUGCGGCGAGCGGCGGCCGGGGGUUUACAGGCCAUUUGUCUUUUGACUUCAUGGUGCGUGAGGACCAAGACGGAGGAAAGGACGGUAAAGGCAAUGUCGAUCCGCGAGAUAUCGUGCUUUACCCGAUCGAAUGUAAUCCGCGGGCGCACACCGCGGUGGUGCUGUUCAAUGGACGCACCGGCACCAGCAUCAGCACAGCCGCCACGGCAAUGGUCCAGGCAUAUCUCUCCAUCUUCGAGGAUGUGGAUCAUCACCACCUCAACCGCACCGCCGAUUCGGGCAUUGACAUAGUUCACCCCGUCGCACAAGAGAAAUAUUUCUGGACAGGCCACGACCUGGUCACCCUGGUUCUCCUGCCGACCUUGUCGCUCUUCUUCGCGCUGUUCUCUGGCCUAGCCUCCGUUUCCCUUCCCAGAUCUAGAGCCCCCUCCAGCACAGGCAUCGGCAUUCGUGCAUCGAUCACGCAUCUCACCCAAAACUACACACUCUUCCUCCACCGCCUCCUCACGUGGAGAGACGGCACGUACGAGCCCUGGGACCCCCUGCCCUGGUGGUGGCUGUACCACGUCUACUGGCCUGUGCGGUUCUGGGCCUGUCUCCGCGACGGGAGGAAGUGGAGUCGCAUCAACGUGAGCACGGCCAAGAUGUUUGAGUGUUGA